AUGACUUCAGUAUUAUUCUACAUUCAAACAAGCUUCAUUCAGGUUCUGCAACACUUACAAAGUUUCGUCCUUCAUCAGUCUAAUCCAAGUUUUGUGCCACUGCAAAUCGGGUAUAGCUUGAGUAGAUUGUUAAUAGAAUCACCGCCAAGAGGAGUUAGUUUUUCAAAGUUGUGUGCACCUGGAGUAAAAAGUCUAUCGAACUUUGAUUCAACACUAGGUCUUCCUCAACUCCCACUGAUAGAAGAACAGACUGGCGAAGUGAUAGACUUGACCUAUUUGCUUAGAUCAAUGUUGGCGCCAUUUUUGGUUUUGUUUAUUUUCAAAGUUGUGUUUUCACGUUGGAGUCCACAAGGAAAUUUAGUUGAAGUUGAAUUGGAACCGUUGGAGAUGGGGACACUAGUGGAUGACGUCUAUGUUGAAAUUGAUUUCAUUCAUUCGUCUACAUUUAGUGAAAUCACACAACUCACCUUUGUUAAUGUAGGUGAAAUAUUGUCACCUCAGCUUACCACCAUAUCAAGUACAAAUAUUGAUGAUAGUUGUGAAACCAGUGAUGAAGGCGAAACGCCAAGCACGAGAAGUAAAGGCAAUGUUUUACCAGCGCAAUUAUCAACUGGACAAAUCCCUGUGAACAGGGAACACCGAAGUAUGUUUUAUUCUGUAGGCGAACAAGAGCCAUCAAUGGUGAAUUCGAGUUAUGCGAUGAUGAUGGCAAAUAAGUCUUUGCUUACAUUGACUAACGCAACAUCAAAUCAAGGUGUAAGUAAUGGCAGCAAUUACCAAGUCAGUCAAAGCAUUGUAGGAGAGGAAGUGAACUCACUGCAUAAUGAUGCUCCAUUCACAAGCAAUUCUGAGCAGGACCGAAUGCUAUCAAAUGAUUCUGAAUCUGUCCAUUCGAGACCACAUUGCUUGCUACAAAGCCAACUAACAGGUAAUAUCAAAAUUGAAAGUGUCAAGCUGGCGAGAGAGUCUGUACCCCAACCUUACAAAUUGAAAAACCAACGACAACUUCCUGAACUGAAUGAGCCAAAAAUUACCAGUAUAAGAAGAACACCCAACUCGACUGCAAAAGCAGCAAAUUUUGACUUGUCAAUGAAUACCAAAGCAUCCAAUUCUCCAAUAGAGGAAAUAAUAGAACCUAUAACCCCCGAGUUGGCGCCAGAUUCGCACUCAAACUACUCAAAAGCUACUUUUGAUCCAGUUGAUGAAAGGUCAACCUACUUCUACAAUCACAACCCAGAUUCUGUGUCAUUUCCCCUGUAUCCCUACUUUCACCACACGCCCUCACAGUUAUGGGAUACUCAGCCGUUAUUGAUUAAUUCAACAGCAUUGUCAACCAUUUCUUCAUCGUUUGUGUCAAGACAUAUUUACUCCAGAAGUUCUUCCUUCCAAAGAGCCUGUAAUUCCGGUGGAAUUACAGUCAAGAGUUUCAAUUUUGAAAUGGAUCUUGAUGGACAAACUCCAUGUGAGAGAUUGGUUAAUUUGGGUCGUCUGUUGCUGAUCCUGAGAAUAGGUACUGAUGAAGAGGAGGGGGGAGUGGACAAGAAUGAAGAAGCUGGAUGGAGUUAUUUUGUUGAUGAAGUGAGAAGGAAAGAGGAGCAGCUUUCAAAUACAAGAGGCUCCUCAGAUAAUUCAAAUGAAGUGGCCGGUGAUAAUGCUGCUAAUGUGACAAUUAAGCGCGAUUGGUUUAAUCAUCAUUUUGAGCCUCCAAUCUAUGCUGAAUACUAA